AAUUCACCGACCCAAGGCCACUUGUCACUCCUUGCAUCUCAUUCUCUGCUGUUAUCGUGAGCUUCCUGCGCAUACGAAAGCGCGACACACUCCUUACGUUGACCGUAAAACAACGCAACGCACUAAACCUCUCCACCCGAUAAGACCGAUUGCGCCCGUCGAUUUCGAGCUCACCAUGGCGGCACCCGUGAAGCGCUCAGCCUCCGAGGCAAAGAAGCAGGCCAAUGGGCAUUCGCACCAGCUAUCCGAUGCAGUUCACUCCAUCGAGAAGAAGAUUGAGGAGCAGGUGGACUUGGCCGCGCGCAACCCUGCGGAGGAGAAGAAGGGAGGUUACGUGCUGCUGAUUACCUGCGUUGGAGGCAUCUAUGCUAGCUUCCUGAGCUGGGCCUAUCUCCAGGAACGUCUGACAACGACCCUUCACGGCCCCUCAAACGCGCGCUUCACGUACCCGGUGUUCCUUAACACAGUCCAGUCUGCAUUCGCCGCCAUCACAGGUCUCAUCUACCUCUUUCUCUCCGCUCCACGCAACAAGACCACUGGCGCUCGCCGCGUACCGCCUGUCUUCCCUUCAAAGCAGAUUCUAUUCCCGUUGCUCCUCGUCGCAAUCACUUCGUCUCUCGCAUCGCCUUUCGGCUACGCCAGUCUGAAACACAUCGACUAUGUCACAUUCACUUUGGCCAAGAGCUGCAAGCUCCUACCCGUCAUGGCCCUUCACAUCACACUGUUCCAGAAGAGAUACCCCCUGUACAAGUACGCGGUGAUUGUAUGCGUCACUCUUGGCGUGUCCAUGUUCACACUCUACAACCCUUCGACCGCCAAGAAAGCCGCGAAGAAGAGCGUCAGCGCAGACGCGUCGAAGACACUCGGUCUCUUCCUGCUCGGCAUCAACCUCCUGUUCGACGGCCUCACGAACACGGUCCAGGACAACAUCUUCACGAAAUUCAAGGGCUUCAGCGGACCCCAGAUGAUGUGCGCCAUGAACAUCAUGUCCACCGCGCUCACAACCGGCUACCUGAUCAUCUCGCCCUACCUGGCCGGCACACCCAUUGGCGCCUACAUCGGCCUGUCGCCCAAGGGCAACGGCGAGCUCGCCGACGCACUGGCUUUCGUAACCGCAUACCCCUCUGUCGGCUGGGACGUGCUUGGUUUCGCGGCGUGCGGUGCGGUCGGGCAGAUCUUCAUCUACACCACGCUGGCGCACUUCAGCUCGCUUCUCCUCGUGACGGUGACAGUCACCAGGAAGAUGUUGACGAUGCUGACGAGUGUGUUUUUGUUCGGCCACGCAGUGACGGGCAUGCAAUGGGUUGGUGUUGGGCUGGUGUUCGGUGGUAUUGGUGCUGAGGCUGCGUAUGGGCAGAUUGAGAAGAAGAGGAAGGCGCAGGCGAAGCUGUUGGCUGCGGGCAAGAAGCAGUAGAAUCUAGAGUUUAGAAGAUAGCAAGAGAAUUUCAAGGCGCUAUAGAGGCAAUAUCACGGUCUAUGGCGGAUCUACGAACAUGCAGCUAUACUAUGUUAGAAUUACGUUUCUCCAUCAC